AUGUUGGGGUUCUCCACAGACUCGGGGCUGCAGCUCCACUACGUCACCCGGGGUCCCACCACGGCCCCUUUGAUGUUGCUUCUCCACGGCUUCCCCCAAAACUGGUUUUGCUGGAGGUAUCUGCUGCAGGAAUUCGGCACCAAGUACCGGGUGGUGGCUUUGGAUCUUCGCGGUUACGGAGCUUCGGAAAAGCCACCGGGCAAGGACAAUUACCGGCUGGAGAUCCUACUGGAGGACAUCCGCCAGGUCAUCGAGGUCUUGGGGACACCCAGUGGCCGUGAGGAGGUGACAUCGAGCAGCAGCGUCACCACGACGUCCCCCAAAUGUAUCUUGGUGGGACACGACUUGGGAGGAGUUCUCGCUUGGGAGUUUGCCGCCAGUCAUCCGGUCAUGGUGGAGAAGUUGGUCAUCAUGGAUGCUCCUCACCGGAGUGUCAUGGCGG